AUUGCAGGACGUGGCAGAGAAAAGCUUCUCUGUGUCCAGCCCAUGUUGGGCUCAGGCACUCUUUGUGAACCAUAAAAGCUGUAGGCUGGGAAAGGCUCAUGAGUGCCAGCCCUCUUCCUGAGCCAAGCAGGCCCCAAUAAGCCACCAAUGUCUAUGCAGGAGCUUGAACUUCUCUGAUAAUGCCAGGAGUUACCAAGGGUCCCCUCUCAACCCUGAGCUUGCUUUACCGCUUGAAGCUGAAUUCUAGGGUCUUGGAGGAGAGAAGGGGUGGAAGAGAUGGGGUUCCAGAAGUUUUCUGGCCAUCCGAUGCCUGAAACAUGGUUAGCUCAGACACCUGGGUCUCUAGGGAGUAGGUCACCAUGGUCCCCUGAACCCACCCCUAGACGAGGCCUUCUUUAAGGAUUCUGUCUUGGGUCUAGGGUGCAGGACACCGAGGUUAGGAGAGAUAGAGAGGGCAGGGACUCAAAGGAAAUGCAAAUGUCUGUACUUCUCUUAGAAAGUGGCCCAGAAGAUUUCCAAGGACGAGUACACUGUAAAAACAAACAUCUUAAAACCCUUUAAUUGUACCUGUAGAACCACCUCUGGUUUCAGGGUCCUGGAGUCUAGGAAGCCAUCCAUGCUUUUGAGGGCCCAGGAGGAAGGGUUAGAUGCAGGCAAAGCCCUAAAGCAGAGCUGAGGGAGAUCCGGUGGCAACAGCUGCUCCCCAGCCCUUCUGAGGGCGGGGUGGCUCCCGCUCAUCUGCUGUCCCCUGUCAUCCCCCACACCCUGUCCAGCCUUAGCAGCCUCCAGUUGUGGGACAGGACCUCACCCACUCUUCCCUGCAGGCAGCUGGCAUCAGGGCUGAGUACUCUGGAGGGGCAGGUGGAGCCCUGGGAGCUCUGGAGGGAGGUAUCGCUUUGGCUUCUCAUAAGGAGUCCUGGAGAAUCUUCAUGUAGUACCAAGAUUUCGGCUAGACUGCCUGAAUUUGCAGUUCAAGGAGGGGGGCUGAGACCAGCUUCCUUUGUGAAGCCCUGAAGGAGCAAGGGACCUCAAAUUUUUGCCCUACCCAUAUCCUGCCAAGCCCCAACACUGCACUUGGUCAGCCAUCUUUCCUCCUGGACUUCUCUGCCUCUCUCAAGCUGGAUGGUAAACCUCUCCCUUCCUGGAGGUGGGAGCAUCCCUCCGAGCUGGAUAAAACCCCAAAUGGAGGAGUGCAGUGUAGGCACAGCCUUGGCAUGGCCCUCUGGCUCCUCACUCUCUGUUGGCUCCGUGGCCAACCCUGUGGAUGCAUCUCUAACAGGCCAUGCCAGUGGGUUGGGUCUGCACCGGAGAAGGCGGACCACAUUCAGCAGAGGGCAGCUGCUGGAGCUGGAGCGGGUGUUUGCAGCACGGCCCUACCCUGACAUUGGCACUCGUGAGCAUCUGGCCCGGGUGACCUGCCUUCCCGAGGCCAAGAUACAGGUGUGGUUCCAGAAUCGGCGGGCCAAGAGAAUCAAGAACAGAAAGCCAGGAGGCCUAAGCCCUAGGCCUGAAACCCCCUAUAGACCCCAUUCUCUUCCAGAUACCCCCCAGCAGCCCUGGGAGCCCCGAACACUAGGCCGGCUCCCACUCCCCAGCAGCACGCCUCGGUGCACCACAGGGUGUCGGCAUGCCUGCUGUCCGGCUCCAGGCCUGGGGCCAGGGCAAGGCUGGGUGGGGGUUCAAGCUGCAGUUCCACUGGGGUCAGCUGGGGCUGCAGGGGCCCACCUUUCCUCAGAGCAAGGUACUCCCCAGACCUCACUGGGCAGCCUGUCUGACCUCAUCUAUGCCUCGGCCGUUGUGACCAACACGGACCACUCCUAAUCUAGGUCCAGGACCCGCAACCCCCCACCUCUAGCUCCUGUAGCCCCCCUUCCCCUUAGGACCGAACACAUCAGAAGUGGAUCCCUGCACCCCUUCUUUCACACAAGGGUGCUCUCUUACAGAAAGGAAGUUUAGCUCAGGGAUCUCUCCCUCCCGCUGUUGCAGGCCAGCCUAGAUGUGAGUCCUACGGAGAGACUGCUACCCAGGACCCUGCACCUCCUGGGACAUAUGUCCAUCGUCUUGGCAGGAAGUACCCUCAGAGGGAUGAGGCUUGGGGCCAUGUUCUCCAGUUCUCCUACCAGAUCUGGUUCCCAGGGCUUCUCACCCAAGCCAGACACCUCCUCCCUGCAAGAGAACGGGCAGCUGCCUUUGACCUUCAGACCAGCAACUAACUGCUAAGUGAGUGAGGAGAUGAGAGUGUGCUGAUCCUAAUUCUAGACUGUAAGGGACCAGCCCUUUCAAAGUUGAGGGUCUCUCCUGACCUUCUACCACCUGGACAAAUUAAAUCCAAACCAUGGAUCUGAAGAUGAAGCGAUAUUCAAGUAAUAAAGUAGAAAUAGGAGCUUGGAGCUUAUAGUGGUUUAAUUUUCAUCAAGAUCAGGCUGGCUGCCCUCCCAUCUGAGGUUGUGGAGACAACCUGCUGGAUUUAGGAUGGUGGGGGGGAGUGAAGGCAGCAGCAGGGUUUCGGUAUCAGGUCAUCUGUAAUACCAACUCAUCUCCAAAUAAAACCCUGUCUCUGUACUUUAAUCUGGAUUGUUGUGUAAUGAAAAUGAACAGGGCAGGGACGGGCUGUUUGCUUUUGAAAUUUAUCUCCAUCACCUAAUCCCUAAAUAGGCUGGGUGGGAGGUAUUACUCAGGCUUCUGCUGGGAUUAGUUAAGAGGGACAGUUAAUUGAAGGGUUUAGGGCUCUUCAGACCCUGUGGCAGGGAACCUCUGCUGGCAACCCGGCUCCAGAUCCCACUCCUUGGGGCCAAUCCAGCUGCCUCAACUGCUGGGGCUGCUCUGCUUCAGAGAAAAAGCAUGGAGUCUGCAAUCAGAUUCAAAUCCUGACUUUGCUAUGUAACCUUGCAACUCUUUCACAGUCUAUGAGCCUGAAAGUGGGAAUAAUACCAGUCUCUUCCCCACUUUGGAAGUGAGAGCAAUAAUGUACGUGAAGGGUUCCACAUGUCACACACGUGGAAGCUCUCAACACAACCCAGUUCCCUUCUGCUCGCAGUACAGCAGCCACGAGGAACUGGGGAGGCCCCACACUUCCUGUUCCUCCGGCCUCCUGCCAACACUCCCAUUUCUCCCUGGGAAGCCCUGGACCCAGCCUGUACCAGAGACAGCCUGGUCCAGUGAGGCAGAGGAAGUGGCUGAGGGGAGACAGAAUUCCAUUUUCUAUGAUGAGAACAGGAGACCAUCACCCGAGUCCUGUUUCCAACUGUGCCCCCGCAGACUGCAACUGCCUUGCACAGUGGCCAUUUGCUUGGCGGGAACUAGGCCGGUUACCUCUCCAUCCCCGGGAGCUAG